AUGAUGAAAGCAGCAGUUUUUAAACAUAAAGGAGCUGAAAUUGAGAUUGUCAAUAUGCCAAUUCCAGAGCCAAAGAAAGGAUGGAUAAGGAUCAAGGUUAUUAGUUGCGGUGUUUGUUCUGGUGACAAUGUUGCUCGUUUCGAUGGUUUCGGAGGAACACCCUAUCCAAUUGUACCAGGCCACGAAGUCAUUGGUUCCAUUGAUAAACUAGGUGAAGAUGUCGAUGCAAAUAAAUACAAACUUGGUUCAUUAGCUGGUUGCGGUUGGUUUGGUGGUUCGUGUCACAAAAAAGAAUGUGAAGAUUGCACUCUUGAGGACCAAUGGGUUCAUUGUAAAGAAAGUUUAGCAAUUGGAACUACUGUUAACGGCGGUCAUUCAGAAUAUGUAGUUAUCCCAGAAGAUGCAUUGGUUAUUAUUCCAGAUGGUAUGGAUCCAGUUUCAUCAUCUCCAUUAUUAUGUGCCGGUUUAACAGUAUUUAAUUCAUUUAAAAAUCAAAAUAUUAGAAAAGGUGCAUUGGUUGGUGUUCAAGGUAUUGGUGGUUUAGGUCAUUUGGGUAUCCAAUUUGUUAAAAAGAUGGGCUAUGAAGUUAUUGCAAUGUCAAGUGGCAGUACCAAGAAAGAAUUAGCAAAAGAAUUAGGCGCUGAUCACUAUGUUGAUAUGUCUAAAGACUAUGUUAAUGAAAUGAAAAAGAUUGGUUCAGUUAAAUGUAUUUUAAUGACAGCACCAAAUAAAGAUUGUUUCCAAGGCUUAAUUGAUUCAUUAGGUACUAAUGGUAAAUUAUUGGUUUUAGGUGCAGUCCCAGAAUCUGUUAAUCUUAAUUCACUUUCUCUAAUUGGUGGUAAUAAAUCCAUUGUUGGUUGGGCUUCAGGUGAUUCUCGUCAAUCACUUGAAACCCUUCAAUAUGCACACUCUAAUCAAGUCAAACCAAUGGUAAAAGAAUUUAAACUUGAAGAACUUCAAAAAGCUCUUGAUACAAUUGGGGAUGCUAGAUUCAGAUAUGUUAUUAAAUUCAAUUAG